AGCUGGUAGGGCUCUGGAUCCGUUGUGGAUUACUUGAUCUAGUCUGGAUAAUUACAUUAUUAUCACAAGAAUGCCAGCUUGGAUGCAUUUGGCGACGAUGAGACAGCGAGUAUUUAGCCCUUAUUAAUAUUUAGCAGAGAAAAGCCUCUAUAGGAUAUAUAAAAGGAUGACUAUGACAUGUUGUGUAAUGAGAUUUUUUUUAUUCUUGCUAUUGCUAGUCUAGCUAGAUUAGCGAUGAUAUAAGACUGCGUGAUCAGUCACGGCAUCAGAGCCGAAUAAUCUCCCUCUCACCAGUAUGACCCGUUGAACAUAAUAUGGGCCGAAAAGAAAAUGAUGAAGCCAGUGCUUCGGUGAGCUCAGGAAACGACCUACCAGAUCUCACACCUAUAGCCCGCGAUGAUGUUGGGGACGAGAGAAUUCGCCCUGAAUUGAUGACGACGCCAAAGACGACACAGGUUCGGUGGUGUGACCUUCCAAACAAAGACCAACUGUUCAUCCUGUCACUCUGUCGCCUAUCAGAACCCCUCUCUAAUGUCUGCCUUCUACCCUAUAUAUUCUACCUCGUUCGAUCGGUCCUACCGCCGACGCUGGCCUCCUCCGAAGAUGACCAAGCACCUCAAGCUGCAGCCCGCAUAUCUGAGUUUUCCGGCUUGCUCGUUGCCUCAUUCCCGCUAGCGCAGUUUCUCGUGAGCCUCCCGUGGGGAAGACUGUCGGACAGACACGGGCGGCGCCUUUCUAUCGUUGCCGGGUUAGCAGUCUCCGUCCUGGCAAACAUCGGAUUCGGUUUCUCGCGGUCCUUCGGCUCUCUCCUAUUUUGGAGAGUCUUGGCCGGCUUCGCCAACGGAAAUGUCGGUAUAAUGCGCACGGUAACGGCGGAGGUGGUAUGCGAGCGAAGAUACCAGACUAAGGCAUUCCUCUUACUACCAUUGGUAUUUAAUGCGGGCAUGGUAGCCAGUUUGACUCUAGGGGGUUGCCUUGCGGAGCCUGUCGUUAAUAUGCCGUGGCUCUUCGGACCAGACGGUGUCUUCAAUACGAGUCGGAAUCCCGCCGGCGUAGCUUGGGCUGUUGCCUUCCCAUAUGCGCUCCCUGCGCUCCUCAACGCCGCUGUACUGAGUUGUUGUCUUAUUAUAGCUUUAGUCGGCCUCAGGGAAACGCUUCCUGGAAAGGAGGAUCGGAAAGAUGUCGGCCUAAAGGCUGGAGAGGCGAUUAUGCGAUGGAUCCAACGUAUACUACAUAGACGACAGCAAUACGUAAAAAUCGACAGUAGCGAAGACACGUUCCUAGGACAGGCUCGAUUAGAUUUCGAGAAACCCGCACCCGAGAUAACACCCGACGCUCGCAAAGAGCUCCCUUUUCGAGGUAUCUGGACGCGUAGGGUACUAUGCGCUUUGGUCUCGUUCGGGUUGCUGCCGUUGCAUAAUUCGGCCUUCAUGCAUAUAUUCCCAGUAUACCUCAGUAGCCCACCAGCUGAUAACGGUGAGGCCACAUUCUUUGCCUUCGCCGGCGGUUUGGGUCUACGCUCUUCAACUAUUGGUAUGUGGCUUUCAGCCUUCGGUAUAUGCGGGAUUUUAUUGCAACUGUUUAUAUAUCCACGACUACAAGCACGCAUUGGAACGAGAGGUGUCUUCCGGGUUUCGUUGUUUCUGUUUCCUGUCACGUAUGCGACAGCACCGUACCUGUCUCUCUUGGCGGGCGAAGGUGAUGGAGCCUUACGCUGGGUAUUUUUAGGGUUAGUAGUGUGUUCUCAAAUCAUGGCACGUACGAUGGCCAUACCGAGUACCGUCAUCUUAUUGACCGAGGCGACACCCUCAAAGACAGUUCUGGGGACCAUCCAUGGGGCUGGGAAUAUGCUUGCGAGCCUAUCUCGUACGGUUGGACCAGCAGUUGGGGGAUACGUGUUUGCAUUAGGGGUUGAAGAGGGUGUCAUUGGGCUUGUAUGGUGGUUAUACCUAGUAGCUAUUGCGUUGUGUGCCUUGGUUUGGUCGUAUCUUAUGGAGGGGGACGGAAACUGAAUCCUGAACUUGGCAAGCAAAUGAGUAGAUUGGCAUAGAAUGACUUCAGACGCCCCAAAGAAUUAAAGCACCAAUAAAAGCUAGGUAUGUUUUUUUUUUUGUUUUUUUUUCACAGGCAUCCUUUCUAGGCGGGCGUGAAUUGGUUGUCUUUUUGUAUACUGCUUACUAGGUACCUACCUAGAUAGGUAUUUACCCAGGUAGUAUAUGAGGGUAGGUAGGUAGGUAGGUAGGUAUACAAUAUAAAAGGUUAUACGACUACCA